CAAUCAAAAAUUCAAAUGUCAAAUUGCAUGGCGGUGCGUCGCUUUUUGGCUAAUCAUCGCCGAUUUUCCGCGAGUUUUAUACUAUUUACUGCAAAAAAUAAUAAUAUAUUACCUUAUCUAAAUAAAGGACAUAAGUGCUACUUUAAGAGACUACAAUUGUGCGCGCGGUCAACGUAUUCCACGCACGUCACCCACGUUAAUAUGAACUUCGAGUAUCCAGAAGUAAGAAGGGACGAGAGCGUGGUCGACGAUUACCAUGGAACUAAGAUAGCAGACCCAUACCGCUGGCUUGAAGACCCGGAUUCUGAAGAGACGAAAGCGUUCAUAGACGCGGAGAACAACAUAACCCGUCCGUUCCUCGACUCGUGUCCGGUGAAGGCGCAAAUACACGCGCGCUUCACCGAGCUAUGGGACUACACCAAAUACUCGUGCCCCUUCCGGAGAGGAGACAAAUACUUUUUCAUGAAGAACACUGGCUUGCAGAACCAAAACGUCCUAUACAUUCAAGAUAGCUUAGACGGCGAAGCUCGCGUUUUCCUAGACCCGAACACUUUGUCCGAGGACGGUACCAUCGCCCUAUCUGGAAGUCGCUUCACGGAAGAUGGCUCUACUUUCGCCUACGCACUCUCAGUGAGUGGAUCUGACUGGAACACCAUACACUUGAAGGACGUAGAAACGGGUAAGGACUACCCGGAGGUGCUAGAGAAGGUCAAGUUCGCGUCAAUGUCGUGGACCAAGGAUAACAAAGGCCUAUUUUAUUCGAGAUACCCGGAGCAGACGGGCAAGACAGACGGUUCAGAGACUGAAGUGAACCGCGAUCAAAAGCUGUGCUACCAUCGCCUCGACACACCCCAAAGCGAGGAUGUCAUAGUCGUCGAGUUCCCUGAGGAACCUUUAUGGAGAAUUGGAGCAGAAGUAUCAGACUGUGGUCGCUACCUGCUCGUCUCCCCGGUCAAGGACUGUCGUGACAAUCUGCUGUUCUUCGCGGACUUGUCGAAGACUGAUCAAGUCGAUGGGAAGCUCCCACUUACGCAGAUCGUGCACAAGUUCGAGGCUGACUAUGAGUACGUGACUAAUACGGGCGCCGUGUGUAUAUUCCGCACGAACAAAAACGCGCCCAACUACCGUCUUAUCACGAUCGACCUCAAUAACCCCUCUGAGGAGAACUGGGAAACUCUCAUACCUGAACAUCCCAAAGACGUAUUAGACUGGGCGUCCGCAGUUGACAAUGAUAAGCUAGUUAUACACUACGUCAGAGAUGUUAAAAGUGUUCUCCAACUACACAAUAUGAACACUGGCGACUUGAUGCAGACGUUCGACUUGGACGUGGGCUCCAUUGUAGGCUUCUCGGGCAAGAGAAAGCAGAGCGAAAUAUUCUACCACUUCAUGUCAUUCCUAUCGCCUGGUAUUAUAUACCAUGUCGACUUCAAGAAGGAACCCAUAACGCCUACUAUAUUUAGAGAAGUAAAAGUGAAAGGAUUUGAGGCGUCGCAGUACGAGGCGAAGCAGAUAUUCUAUUCCAGCAAAGAUGGCACCAAAGUUCCUAUGUUCAUUGUUUCCAAAAAGGAUCUUCCGCGCGAUGGCUCCAACCCCACCCUGGUUUACGGCUACGGGGGCUUCAACAUAAAUGUGCAGCCCAGCUUCAGUGUAAGCCGGCUGAUCUUCAUGCAGCACUUCAACGGAAUUAUUGCUAUACCUAACAUACGCGGUGGAGGCGAGUACGGUGAGAGGUGGCACAACGCGGGCCGCUUGCUCAACAAACAGAACGUGUUCGACGACUUCCACGCCGCGGCCGAGUACCUCGUCAACGAGAAGUACACUCGGCCCGGCCUUAUUACAGCGCAGGGGGGCUCCAACGGUGGACUCCUGGUGGCGGCGUGCAUCAACCAGCGGCCCGCGUUAUACGGAGCCGCCAUCGUGCAGGUCGGAGUGCUUGACAUGCUGCGCUUCCAGAAGUUCACGAUCGGGCACGCGUGGGUGUCGGACUACGGCAGCUCCGACAACAAGACGCAGUUCCAAUAUCUGCUCAAGUACUCACCGCUGCACAACAUACAGCCACCUGAUAAUGUGAGCCGCGCGGAAUACCCAGCGACAUUGGUCCUGACGGCCGACCACGACGACCGCGUGGUACCACUACACUCGCUGAAGUUCAUCGCCGCCAUUCAGCACGCGGUGCGAGGCUCUGUACAGCGCCGUCCGCUGUUGGCCCGCAUCGACACCAAGGCGGGCCACGGGGGAGGAAAGCCCACCGCUAAAAUCAUCGAUGAACACACAGACAUUCUGUGUUUCAUGGCGCAAACGCUCGGCCUGAAGUUUGAGAAAUAAUCGAUUGCCAUACAAGUUAAAUAGUAUUAAUUGCAUCUUAUAUGAUUAAAAUAGUAUUAUGUAAAUAUAUACAAACCACACACAGUCCAAUUACCUCAGGUCUUCGUCAGGAGGCCGGUGAUAUUGUUAUGCAUUGCUACUAUUUUUUAUUGUAUAAACUUUGUUUUUAUUUUUAUUGUA